AUGUCCGUCGCUUCCACCGGUCAGGUAAAUAUGGGGAAGAUCCUAGUAAUUAUUUCAUUUAACUUGCAGGAAGUCUUCGAAACGGCGACGAUUUCUGAAAAUAAUGAAGUUUGUUACCUUUUUUUUUGAAUUGGAUAUUAGUUUUUAUAAAUUUUAAAACGAAUUACUCCUCAUGCUUUUCAUUGGAGUUUUUGAAAAAGCAGUUAUUUCACUAAUUUUUUAUGGUUUAUAAAAAUGGUUAUCAAAUAUCAAUGAUUUGGAAGUUAAGUCGGUGAUUUAAAUCACAGGAAGUUAUUUCUAAAUUUAGUAUCAAUUUUUUUAGGCCAUUUUGCGAUAUUAGAGUAACGAAAAAAUUUAUUUUUUGUUUCGAUAAGGCGAAUGUAAUAAGGAAAAUCUGUCACUAUAUCGCUCAAAAGAGACGUCCCUAGUGGUUUAUCAGAAUCCUGUUCAUUUUCUCAGAAAGGCGAAGAAAUCUCAGCCGACACCGAACUGGAACAGAUUGAUCGGGAUUUGGAGAAGGUGCUUUUUCCCUACAAUUUCCAUAACUAGUUUAAAAGUUGAGAUUCGCGCCGAAUGUGCCCAACUAGAGCUGAUGACCUCAGCGGAAAAGGCCGAAAUCGCGGCGGCGAAGGUGGAGAACGAGGAAAACCUGAAGGAGAUCCAGAGAUUGGAAUCUUUGCUCGAAAGUCAACCAAAGUAUCAAAAUCAACGUGAACUAAAAUAAUAGAUUUAGUCAUUUUAAGACAAGUUGACGAGCUGAGAGAGCUUUUGGAUGCGUUGGACGCCUCGAAAGCCCGUCUGAAGGAUAUUCGCUCCAAUGCGAAUGCGCAAAUUGCUGAGAUUGCUAAGAAAAUCGAGGAAAUCGACGAAGUUGAGGCGGUGGGUAUAUAUUUGAAAUUUAAAAAAAAAUUGUACGUAGACAAAGUCGGAAGGAUCGGAAAAGACUCCAUGCAAAUAUUCCUUUUAGGAUGAUAAAGAAUCUUUUUUCUCCUAUUUCUCGAGCCUUCAAAAUUCAACAAAAAUGGGCGGCUCGAUGAAAAGAAUUUUCGCAGUCUUUUUGCAACCUUUUUUCGAGUCUCUCCUUUUUAGCAACCAUUAUUCUUCAUUACGACCUUGCCAGAGUAAAUAAAAACCCAUAAACACUUUUUUUUUAAAGUGAGAAUUCGAAAGCCUUUUUAGUUCCACUUUUGAGGAAAAAAGACAUUUUAUCACUCAUGCCGUGUUCAAAGUAGUUUCGCGAAAUGCAUAUAGCCGUCAAAAAAAUAUAUAAUUGAAUUUUGGAGAGUCAGAGAUCAUUUUGCAUUUUGCGAAAUUACUGAACACGGCAUCAUCUUCUGACUGCUAUUUUUUUUUUGUUCUGUUGAUUUUUGAACAAGAGGGAUUUGAAGCCUCGAAAUAAAGAUAUAUUUUUAUGGUUUUAGGAAGAGACCGAAGAAGAUCGAGCCGAGCUCCAGAGACUAACCGAGAAGUACGACGCUCUGAAGCUUCUGAGAGCUGAGGUAGCGUUUUGAAAAUCAGAAAAAAAAGAAGUAAUUUUGGGUUAAACUCGAUUUUAAAGCAUUGGAAGAUGUUGGCGUAGAGACCUCUACAACCGCAUGCUGAAUUUGACGGGAGGAAGACUCCAGAGUUUUAGGAAUCCUUCCUGAAAUAAAAAAUGAGAGAAAGAUGUUUUUAGAAGGGAAAUUUUUGUCCUAAUCCCUACGGUGUUUUUAAGAACACUGGAGUGCUACCUAUGAGGAUUAGAGGAAAAUCAGUCUUUAUAGGGGGCAAAGAAGUUUUGUCCCCUGAGCAUCAAAUGCUGAAGUGGUCCCUAAAGGGUUUUUUUGAAUUGUUUGUUAGAACCCGAAAAUCUAAAAAAACAACGGUAAUACAAUUUUAUCGAUGACGCCUUCGUUGAUUUUUUUUUUAUUCAAAAAGCGCUAAUAUAUGUCCGGUGAGCGUUACCAAGGUCCGAGUAUUAAUAGAGUUUAUAAAAGCUCUUAUACGGCCCACUAACUUAAACCCUAUAAGGGCAUUUUCGAAAGUUUUGAAGGCCCCUAUAGGAGAAAGGAAAAUGGUCUCUAGAAAGAAACUACAGGACCACUAAGGUUGCCCCUAUAGGGACCACUUUGGCAUUCCUGAGAAAUGAGACUAGAAGUUUGCAUAAUACUGUAAAAAAUUCUAGAAUUAACAAAGUAUGAGCGGUAUGCUCCAACAGAACACCAAAAAAUAAAAAUAAAGAAAAAGAAAUUGUUCAGAAAGCUCGUGAGGUGGCGACCCUCCAAACGCGGCUGGACGCUUCUCUGACGACUUCCGUUAGGGCUCAGUACGAGAAAAGGGCCAUCGAGCGGUUCAAUGACAGUAAUAUCCGAAUUUUUCUUAAGAACCAUGGAAUUACCCGAUUUUCAGUGGCGACGCUGACCCGAGAAACGAAACAAGUGAUGGUUUUGUUCAAUUCGGUGGUCGAUGUCCAAAAUUUCACCGAGAAGACGAUCGCAUUGACGGAAAAAAUCGAGGAUGUCCUUCCUCAGUGGGCUUUUUCUGAACUAAAAAAAAAGACGAAAAAUUUACCUGGACUUUUAAAAUUCUCAAAAAAUUGGUGUUUUCCUUAAUGUCGAUGAAUUGUAUUAAAAUUGUCCAGGUGGAUUUUUUUAUCAUAAUACCCAAAAAAAUUGAUUGGAAAUGUACCUUAAUUUUUCGAAAAAAAUUCAAUUUUUCCGCGAUUUGAGCGGAAGCCUUUCGUUGAGAAAAUAAAAAUUAUUUUUUUGAACAAAUUUUUAAAAAAAUUUGACAACUUUUUUUCAGUCAGCUCAAAGUUGCGCGAUGAUAAUUAUGGUAAUUUUGCUCUCAAAACUCUUCCAAAAUUACCCCGAGACAAGAAAUAACUGAACUUUCGCAGAUUGUGUGCUAUAUAUGUGUAUCUAAAUAAAAGGUGACGAAAAUCGGGUUUCUGAGCCAUUUUAGGGAUCACUUAAGAGUGCUGAAGCCACUAAAAAGGCCACUAGAAUCGCGCCGACACGUCCGUGACGCGUCACCAAGGUCCAAGGUGGACGUAGUUUUGCCAUGUUAGAGAAAAUUGUGUUCGAAAUUUGUUAUCAUUUUUUGAAAUCACAUCCAUGAAAAAGGAAAAUCUACUGAAUUUUUUUUGAGUUCGAUGAUGAAAAUGAUUUUAUUUAGAGCCACCAAAGCCGAGUACCGAGAAUCGUUCAUUGACUUCCUGCAGGAUUUGUACAGCGGAAUGAGCACAACUUCUAGGAAGGUUUCCUUUUAUUUCGAAAAUCACAUUCAAAAAUCUCGAAUUUCUUGAUAAAUGACUAUGAAAAAUAUUCAGGUAAAAGAAGCUAGUUAUACACUGGACCAAGAAAAGACGAAAAGGGCCGAAGAAAGAGCGAAGAUCAACGAAAAAGUCUUGGAGUUUCACCGGAAAUCCGAAUAUUUCCAGAAGGUUUUCAUUUUUCUUCAAUCAUUUGUUUGGAACGAUUUGGUCGCACGCAGAAUGGCUCGACGCGUGGCGAUUGCUUUGUAGAUCCUGAAGCGACUUAUUGAAGCCGCAGCGCUACCGCAACGCGUUGAGCCAUUCUCCAUGCGACCAAAAAUCAGCCAUUGAAGUGGAAAAUUAAUUUUUUCUUUUUUGAGGUUUGCGAUUUGAACGAGGAGCUACGCAAGGAGUUGAGCGCCUUGGAGCGGGUUUGA